AUCAAUGUCCCAUCGCUACCAUUCAGCAGUAAUUAUUGUUAUCACUGAUAAUAUUAAUUAACUGUGAAAACAUUUAUUUGAACAUCUCCAUUUAGCAAUUAUUAUUAAGAAAUACAAAGCACAAUAUAUGAUAUGCUAUUCCACAGUUUUUCAGACGUUUUUCACGGCUAAGCGAGAAAAACUAUGAGACUGAAAAUAUGCGCGUGCGGGAUGAAUCAUCAUGCAAAUUAAGCAGCUGACUGGAAGAUGACGAUCACCCCAUUACUUGUUUAAUCACAUUAGCAGAAGUUUCUUUGUGUGUGUGUAUGUCAAUGUACAAUAGAAUCAGUUGAUUGAAUCGAAUUUUUAUAUUGCAUCGAAGAGAACAGGAAAAAGGAACGACUCUGUUGUGUUUAAAGUGUAUUGGUCUGGUCGUGUGCAGGAUUAGAGCCAGAGGCUUCUACCUGAAGGACAAAUUAAUAAACGAGAUAAGAUAUGUCGAAGAGAAAGGAAAACGCUUCGAAGCAACAAGACCUUGUAACGGGAUCAGACAUGUUGAGUAAUGGUUUCCAUGGCUACAAAGAAGGAUAUGAAAAAUUGGAAAAGAUUGGUGUUACACAGCGUAACCGGGAUUUUUUCAAUAAAAUAUUUGUUCCUGUGUUCCUGAUGGUAUCAACACCAAAUUUCGUUAUGUUGUUAUGGUACACAGCUACAAAACACAAAGGGAGUUACGGAAACAUGGUCCAUUCCAUUACCCAAGCGUCAAUGUUGGACUCUUUAAAGGAGUUAUGGGGAGAUGUUAAUAUUUGCAGCAACUUCGCACUUUCUGUCGUAUUUGGCUAUUGCAUCUGGGCAUUACUGUUGAUGAAAUUUUUACCAGGAAAGCAGGUCAGAGGUCCAAUUACUCCAAAAGGAAACACUCCAGUUUACAAAGACAAUGGAUUCUCGCAUUAUGUCGUUACCAUGACUACUUUAUUUCUUUUGACCGUUAUUCUUAAGACGUAUAACUUGUCGCCAUCUGUAGUUUAUGAUAACUUUGGUGACAUUCUCGGAACACUUAAUGUUUUAAGUGCUAUAUUUUGCAUCUUUCUAUACAUUAAAGGGUUAUAUUCACCGUCUUCAACUGACUGUGGGUCUUCUGGAAACAUCAUAUUUGACUAUUACUGGGGAACCGAACUCUAUCCUCGUGUACUUGGAGUUGACAUCAAAGUCUUCACUAAUUGUAGAUUUGGAAUGACAAUUUGGGCCGUGCUUGUUUAUAUACAUGCUUUAAAGAGCUACGAACUUCAUGGAUUUGUUGAUAGUAUGGUCGUAUCAGCAAUUUUGCAAUUGGCAUAUAUCUCAAAGUUCUUUUGGUGGGAAGCAGGAUAUCUAAGCACAAUAGACAUCAUGGUUGACCGCGCUGGAUAUUAUAUAUGUUGGGGAUGCUUAGUAUAUGUACCUUCUUUAUAUGCCUCAGUUAGCCUCUAUCUAGUAAACAACCCCGUUUAUCUUGGUUGGUUCUGGUCGACAUUUAUUUUAACCUGUGGACUACUGGCGAUCUCUGUUAAUUAUUUCGCAGACUGGCAGAAACAACGUGUGCGAUCAGCAGACGGUGAUUGUCUCAUAUGGGGAAAGAAACCGAACAUCAUAAGAGCCAAAUAUACGCUUGAGGAUGGACAAGAGAAGGAAAGUAUACUUCUAGCCUCCGGAUGGUGGGGACUUUCUCGCCAUUUCCACUACAUACCUGAGAUUUUGUUAGCCUUGUUCUGGACAUUACCAGCAGGCUUUGAGAAUUUCAUGCCAUUUUCUUACGUCAUUUUCCUCACUGUACUCUUAACGCACCGUAGCUACCGAGACGACGACAAAUGUAGUUUGAAGUAUGGCCCCUUCUGGACGGACUAUUGCGAGAGAGUACCACACAGAAUUGUUCCGUAUCUAUUUUAGUGUAAUGCUUUUUACUACAAUUAGUGUAAGGUUUAUAGUUAUUGCAAUUUGUUGUAUUAGCGAUAGAUUUUUUAAGAGAUAUUUGUAAAGCUAUUCUCUAAAAUUUGCCAAAAGCGUUUUGAUUAAUAUAAAUGAAACUUUUAUAUUUGUGCUUUGUUAAUUGUCAAGAAUUUAGUUGUUAUAUGUGUGCAGGGUUUAUAACCAGAUAUUUUUUCUUACAACAUCAAUACCAAAGUCAGAUUACAACGAAAUGAAAUUAUUUUAUGUAUCUAAUAGAAAUGAAACGUGACCUCGCAUUAUACAUUCAAGUAAUUCGUUAGAUGAUUAGCUGAUUAAUCUGUGAAUAGAAAAGUAAGUUGUAGCAUCAGCUAACAUUGACAGUUCAUACGUCUCUCUUCGUCUAAUCAAAUAACUGCAGAAGCGUUUUAAGAUAUAAUCAACAAAUUUAACCUUUUCUAUCAUUGACUUUGCAUUAUUGGCUAUAAACUCAAAAGUUUAAAGGAAUUUUAAUCAAAAUGGGAUAUUGUUUUAGCCAGAAAAAUAACUUAUUGCUUUUGAAAUUAGAGUAUCGAACUUGAUUAGACCUAACUAUAGCAUUGCCCGAAUUAUCAACUUCAAUCAUGAAAUUGUAAAUUCACAUAAAGAUUCUGUAGUAAUUGGAGAUAAGCUGGUUCAAAAAGUCGAGAUGUGAAAAAACGCUUGCUGUUUGUUAUAUUCCGAAUGUAAACUUGUGGAUAUUUACAAUGAAAACUGAUUGUACAAUGUUAUAUAGGAAAGAGUCCAGGCUUGUAGUUGUUUUAUAUGCUUUGUAUUGCAAUGUCUUGCCAUUAGGCUAUUAGUGUUUUGUUUUGUUGUUAUUUGUAGAAUCAAACUGUUACUGUUGUGAACUUGCGCACUGUAUAGCAAUGGUCAUUAUGACGACUUUCCUUCGUAAACCCUUGAUCACAAGUAUAAAAUAUUAAAUGGUCUAAUUUCUCAAGUAUGUUUAUUUCCUCACAAGCAGUCCUUCUUAUACUUGACUGUAAACUACAGUUUUGAAAGAAUUUGGCAAAUAUUUAGUAUUUUUUACUAUUAUACAUUUUAUUUGAAUACUUAAAAAAUUUAAUGCAGAUGAAGCUGAUAAGAGAGAUGUUAUUUUCUACUCUCACGUGAUAUUUAAUCGAGCUCAAUGAAAUAUCUCGUUAGAAAUGACAAACCGAAGAAAAUUUUAAUAUAACCUGGUAAAAAAUGUCAAAUGCGAUAUCUGCAAUUAUUCAACCUAUCAAUUCAUUUUCAAAGGCAAAGCAGUAUUCGAAAUAUUCUUCCUUUUGAAGCUCCUAAAAUCCUGUAAUUUAUUGAAAUUUCUACAAAAAAACAUGUCUCGAGAUAUGAUUUUUUUUAAGAGUAAAAAACUGUAAAAAUCGUAUGUAUGGGUGAAAAUACCGGCAUUGGGUUCUAAACAAUGGAAGAAAGUUUUAAAAAUAAUUUUAUUUACAUGUUUAGUGCCAUAAUUAAUAGUUGUUUACUUUAUCAUUUUUGUGUUAUUCGUGUCUAUUUUUAUAUUGAAAAUACCAUGCAUUAUAAAUUGAAGCAUGCACACAUCAGGUAAUUUUCGAUUUUAGGGAUCUAAAUUCUAAUCAUUGCUCAAACUUUGUUACUUUAUAUGCGAGAUUUAAGGAAAAUAGACCUAUGACGACAACAGAUUCCGAGGUCUAGGCAAUUGUGAGAAUUUUUAAUGCAUUUUCAUCAGUUUAAUGUAUUUGUGUAGAUUGACUUACUGCAAUUCCCUUUCUUGAUAGCGAAACGGCAGUGUUUACUAUAUGUUAUCAUAAGCUUAUCCAAGAAGAAAAAAGUUCGUUCUAGUUAUCGGCACAAGGGGAAGGAUUCGCUGACUGGUAGAGGGUCGAACCGAACAUACAAAUGUUGCAUAUUUUGAAAUGGAACCAUCCGAGACAAAAACUUGUAAAUGAUUAUAUGAAAUGUUUUAUACCAUAGUAAAUGUUUUACAUACUAACUAUAUGUAUACUUGUGAAAUGGAAUGGAAUGUCAGGAAUGUAAAUGUUUAUAUAUUUAUUGAUCAGUUGUAAUGUGUAUUAUGUUUGUGUCUGCUAAAAAAAAAGAGAAGAUCGAAAUACUCAAAGGAAUUUUAAAACAUAAUAGAAUCGAAUCGGAAACUCCUACAAUAAAUAUGGUCAUUUUGAGACAAAUAAGGUUUAACAUAAAUGAUUUGUUAUUAUUCUGUUUGAAAACAAAAGUACAUUGUUGUCUAAAUGUAACAUAUUGCGAUGAUACUGAUACUACAAAGAAGUGCGAGAAUGAAUAUUCAUCAUAUUUCAUAGUGUGAAGAAAAAUACUCAUCACCGUAUUGCCAAAUGUUUGUGUCGAUAAAGUGUGUUGUGGUAUUCUUUUAAAUAAGCUCAAUAAAGUUAAGUUUAUA